AUGAGUCAAUCUGUGGCUCAACAAGAGACAACUGUGUCCCGAAAGGACAAGAGACGACACAAUUUUGAAUCGCGUGUGAACAAAAUUGCACACAGUUUCAAACUGGACCGAGAUCUGCACUACCGCAACAGACUGACGUCGUUGCAAACCACACUUACUACGUUGCAUCAGGGCAACAACCGCGAUUAUGUACGCACGCUCCGUGAUUUUGAAGAGCAACGAGACCUAGAACUUGUGCGGUUACGACUUUUCGAAGAGUACCGCGUGAAAAGGUCGGAAAUCGAGUUUCAAGAGGAGAUCGAAAAGACCAAAGAAGAGCACGAAAAGUUCAUCAAGAUUUGCAAAGAGAAGUUAUACGAGUCGAUUGAUCAUAAGAUUAAGAAGUUGCAAGAGGAACGACUUCUGAUGGACGUGGCAAACAUGCAUUCGUAUUCGAUGGACUACAUGCGAGGCAAUUACCACAAGAACACUAGAAGCGCAGCAGCAAGCGCAUGGGACUCGUCACCAACCGAAGUGAACCGCGAACUUUCUGCCAACGAAAGUGCGACGGAUACUGGCACAGAACGCAGAUCUUUGAGACGUCGGUUCGCAAUGACAACUGCAUCACGUGCUCUAGCCGACGAUCAAGAGUAUCAAUCCGCGGCACGCGAGAGCUCUGCUAUCGGCAACACGUCCAAUGGCAACUCAGAUUCUGAGUUUUUACAAGGUUUGAGCGAUUCUACAGACUUGCAAAGUCUUUUGUUCGGAGACAAGGAGCCUGAAAAGAAAAAGACCCGUUCUGCGCAACGGUACUCUACAAAGGCAGCGCCACCGCUGCCCUCAUUGAAAGCUGACGAAGUCAACGAAGAUAUCGCAUUGAUCCGGUCUCUCGCAGGGCUUCAGCCGUCACCUUUUAAGAACUAA